AUGACCCCCGUCUACUCAGGCUAUGGCCCCCAGUAUCCUGUAGACCUGGCAGCCCCUCAGUGCUUACGGCCCCAGUUUGGGGUUCUGGGUGGCUACUGGAGAGUCUUGCAAAAGAUCAGAGAGGGCAAGACCAUGGCGUCUAGGGCCUCUGAACUUCCUUCAGGACGCAGUGUGACGGCGGGCAUCAUCAUUGUUGGAGAUGAGAUCCUUAAGGGACACACUCAAGACACCAACACUUACUUUCUUUGCCGGACACUGCGCUCCCUGGGGGUCCAGGUUUGCCGAGUCUCUGUUGUACCUGAUGAGGUAGCCACCAUUGCAGCUGAGAUCACCUCAUUCUCCAGCCAAUUCACUCAUGUCCUCACUGCAGGGGGCAUCGGCCCCACGCAUGACGAUGUGACAUUUGAGGCAGUGGCACGGGCCUUUGGGGAGGAGCUCAAACCUCAUCCUGAGCUCCAAGCAGCCAUCAAAACCUUAGGAGGGGUGGGUUGGGAGAAGUUGUCACUGGUGCCCUCCUCUGCCCGCCUGCAUUAUGGCACAGAUCCUCGCACUGGCCAGCCCUUCAGGUUCCCGCUGGUCUCUGUCCGAAAUGUCUACCUCUUCCCAGGAAUACCGGAGCUGCUGCGGCGAGCGAUGGAGGGACUGAAAGGACUGUUCCAAAACACAGCUGUGCAAUUCCACGUGAAGGAGUUGUACGUGGCUGCUUCCGAGAGCUCUAUUGCCUCCAUCCUAACUGAGGCCCAGGCCCACUUUGGGCGUAGGCUCAGCCUGGGUUCCUACCCUGAUUGGGGUAGCAAUUACUAUCAGGUGAAGCUGAUUCUAGACUCUGAGGAAAAAGAGCCCUUGGAGGAAUGUCUGGCCUAUCUGACUGCUCGUCUGCCUCAGGGAUCAUUGGUCCCCUACCUGCCCAAUGCUGUUGAGCAGGCUGGUGAGGCUGUAUACAAACUCGCUCAGUCAGGAUCUUGUCUGGGGAAAAAGGUAGCAAGUGCCCUGCAGACCAUUGAGACUGCCCUCGAUCGGUACCACCUCGACAAGCUCUGUGUGGGCUUCAAUGGUGGCAAGGACUGCACUGCCCUCCUACACCUCUUCCAUGCAGCUGUGCAGAGGAAAUUUCCUGAUGUUCCAAAAGCUCUCCAGAUCAUGUACAUCCGUAGCAUCUCACCUUUCCCCGAGUUGGAACAGUUUCUACAAGACACCAUCAAAAGGUAUAAUCUGCAGGUGUUAGAAGCUGAGGGUAACAUGAAGCAGGCCCUGGGUGAGCUUCAGGAAAAGCACCCGCAGUUGGAGGCUGUCUUGAUGGGCACCCGACGGACUGACCCUUACUCUUGUAGCCUCAGCCAUUUCAGUCCCACCGACCCUGGCUGGCCUUCAUUCAUGCGCAUCAACCCGCUGCUGGACUGGACCUACAGAAACAUCUGGGAUUUUCUGCGUCAGCUGUUUGUCCCAUACUGCAUCCUGUAUGACCGAGGGUACACAUCUUUGGGGAGUCGGGAGAACACAAUGCAGAACCCAGCCCUGAAGUACCUGAGCCCAGGGGGGCACCCCGUCUACCGUCCUGCAUACCUACUAGAGAAUGAAGAUGAGGAAAGGAACUCCCGCAUGUAAUCUUACACACGCCAGGGACAAGACUGAGGGACCAGGGCUGGCCUGGGGUAUAACCUGUCAUGUCAGUAAAUUGUACCUCACACACCA